AUGCAUCCUGCACCACCAUCUACACAAACAGAGCACGCGUCCACUUCUGUUCCACCUACAGCUUCAUCACACGCUCCUAACACUGCAGAGCCUAACACUUCACACCCUGCACCCACUUCUUCUCAGCACGUUUCUGUUCCUGUAUUGACUGAGUUCAAAUCAGAAGAAUCUGCUCUAGAACCGGCAAUUGCAGUAUUGGCAGAACGCCCCGAAAAAAGUGAAAAUACCCCUAUCACAGGUCCAGUCACUCCGCACGUUGCCUCUAGCCUAAGUUACUCGGCUAAAGGAGAAAUUCCUGCAGCAGCAGUCACAGUUUCUCCAGCACCUCCUCCACCAGCACCUGCUCCAUCUACACAAGUGGCGUCUGUCUCAGUUCCAGCACCGUCUUCCAACAUAGAAGAGGUAGAGCCAGCUCCUGUAGUACCUGCAUUCGUACAGCAGCCUGACACAUCGGGUGAGAGCACUUACUCAAAUCUCGAGGAGGAUCAUGCAGAACCAGAAGGUCCAAUUGUCUCGGCAUCAGGUCAGACAUCUGCUUUCAAACAGGAACCUGCAGCAGAGAUAACGAAUAACGUGGAUGUCAUGGAAGGAGGUAUCGCACCUCCAGUACCAACAUCAAACUCAGCAUCAAGUUUCGUCACAUCAUCGAUCUCCCAUGUGAAUAUGGGCAGCAGUUUACCUAGUCCCAGCGGUUAUGAGAGUAGCUCUGGUGGCUCCUUCGGUUCCCCACCACCUUACUCUUCGACAGCCGAAAUUACCCCAGCGCCGGCUCCUGCUCCCACUCCUGCUCCUGCUCCCGCUCCCGCUCCUGUUCCUGUUCCUGCCCCAUCAUCUUCGCAGAGUUUCACUUCUAUUUCAGAGGAAUAUGAGAGUCCUGCGCCUGCACCAUCCGUCACGAGUGAAGCAGCCGUCGGAGCGCCUCAAUACAUCAAUGCUUCUCCUUCUCCAUCAACUGGACUUUAUAAAGGAACUUCGCAGCAGGUG